CUGGCUCACCAAAUUUCAAAUUAUCCAACUGAAUUUGAGUAUGAAAAAUUGCCAGAGCAAACAAUUUCGAUUCAACCAGAAGAAGAAAAGAGAGAUGAACCAAGCUUGAAAUCUAAAAUUACUGGCCUGUUCAAAAAGUCGCCAUCACAUUUGGAUUAUCCAAUCUCGGAAACUUAUGACGGCCCACUCGAAAAUACCACAAAAGCUUCGAAUAUUGAAGAUAUCCCACUGGCUCACCAAAUUUCAAAUUAUCCAACUGAAUUUGAGUAUGAAAAAUUGCCAGAGCAAACAAUUUCGAUUCAACCAGAAGAAGAAAAGAGAGAGGAACCAAGCUUGAAAUCUAAAAUUACUGGAUUGUUCAAAAAGUCGCCAUCACAUUUGGAUUAUCCAAUCUCGGAAACUUAUGACGGCCCACUCGAAAAUACCACAAAAGCUUCGAAUAUUGAAGAUAUCCCACUGGCUCACCAAAUUUCAAAUUAUCCAACUGAAUUUGAGUAUGAAAAAUUGCCAGAGCAAACAAUUUCGAUUCAACAAGAAGAAGAAAAGAGAGAUGGACCAAGCUUGAAAUCUAAAAUUACUGGCCUGUUCAAAAAGUCGCCAUCACAUUUGGAUUAUCCAAUCUCGGAAACUUAUGACGGCCCACUCGAAAAUACCACAAAAGCUUCGAAUAUUGAAGAUAUCCCACUGGCUCACCAAAUUUCAAAUUAUCCAACUGAAUUUGAGUAUGAAAAAUUGCCAGAACAAACAAUAUCGAUUCAACAAGAAGAAGAAAAGAGAGAUGAACCAAGCUUGAAAUCUAAAAUUACUGGCCUCUUCAAAAAGUCGCCAUCACAUUUGGAUUAUCCAAUCUCGGAAACUUAUGACGGCCCACUCGAAAAUACCACAAAAGCUUCGAAUAUUGAAGAUAUCCCACUGGCUCACCAAAUUUCAAAUUAUCCAACUGAAUUUGAGUAUGAAAAAUUGCCAGAACAAACAAUAUCGAUUCAACAAGAAGAAGAAAAGAGAGAUGAACCAAGCUUGAAAUCUAAAAUUACUGGCCUCUUCAAAAAGUCGCCAUCACAUUUGGAUUAUCCAAUCUCGGAAACUUAUGACGGCCCACUCGAAAAUACCACAAAAGCUUCGAAUAUUGAAGAUAUCCCACUGGCUCACCAAAUUUCAAAUUAUCCAACUGAAUUUGAGUAUGAAAAAUUGCCAGAACAAACAAUAUCGAUUCAACAAGAAGAAGAAAAGAGAGAUGAACCAAGCUUGAAAUCUAAAAUUACUGGGUUGUUUAAAAAGUCGCCAUCACAUUUGGAUUAUCCAAUCUCGGAAACUUAUGACGGCCCACUCGAAAAUACCACAAAAGCUUCGAAUAUUGAAGAUAUCCCACUGGCUCACCAAAUUUCAAAUUAUCCAACUGAAUUUGAGUAUGAAAAAUUGCCAGAACAAACAAUAUCGAUUCAACAAGAAGAAGAAAAGAGAGAGGAACCAAGCUUGAAAUCUAAAAUUACUGGCCUCUUCAAAAAGUCGCCAUCACAUUUGGAUUAUCCAAUCUCGGAAACUUAUGACGGCCCACUCGAAAAUACCACAAAAGCUUCGAAUAUUGAAGAUAUCCCACUGGCUCACCAAAUUUCAAAUUAUCCAACUGAAUUUGAGUAUGAAAAAUUGCCAGAACAAACAAUAUCGAUUCAACAAGAAGAAGAAAAAGAGAGAUGA